UGCUCCCAGCCGAAGCAGCUCCCCCGAGCCUCUUUGGGGUUCAUUUCCUCCCCCUGCCCCGGGGGUCCCCGUCAUCUCACUAAAUGAUCGGGCCGGGGCCCUUGUGACGUUGAGCCGAGCAGGGAGGGGUCAGGGCCUGGGUGGGGAUGGGGCGCGACCACCCCACGGGCCGCCAGCGGGAUGGGUCUGUGCAGGUCCAAGCUGCCCCAGAUGGGCAGGCCCCUGAGGCCCCAGGAGAAGGACAUUCUCAAGUCCCCUCUGAUCAUCUUCGUGAUGGGCGGCCCAGGCUGCGGCAAAGGGACGCAGUGCAAGAACAUGGCGACCAAGUACGGCUUCUGCCACGUGGGGCUGGGCCAGCUGCUGCGGCAGGAGGCCCAGUGCGGCAGCCGGCGGGGCCGGAAGAUCCGUGACAUCAUGCUGCAGGGGCUCCUGGUGCCCACGGGUGUCAUCCUAGAUAUGAUCAGCGACAACAUGCUGUCCUGCCCGGAGAGCCGGGGCUUCCUCAUCGACGGCUUCCCCCGGGAGCUGAAGCAGGCUAAGGAGUUCGAGCGCAUCGUGGGCCGGGCCCCCAACAUCGUCAUCGUGUUUGACUGUUCCAUGGAGACGAUGGUCCAGAGAGCGCUGUGCCGGGGCCAGGUGGAGCGCCGGGCAGAUGACUGCGAGUCGGCCAUCCGCCAGCGCCUGGAGACGCACUACACCAUGAGCGAGCCCGUCCUGACCUUCUACCAGCAGAAGAACCUGCUCCGAAACAUCUUGGCAGAAGAAGCUCCAGAAAACAUUUUUGCUAAGUGCUGCUCCGUCAUCGAAAGCCUGCAGUGAGAGGCAAGGCGGUGGGGGCUCUGCCUCCCUGUCCCCUGGGGACCCGCACGGGGCUCAUCAGGGGGCACAGUGCCCAGGAGGGCAAGACCAGAAGGGGCAAGUCUCUGGGGGGCCAGACCCCACGUUCCUCGGCCAGCCUCGUUCCACUUCAACUCUAUGAACACAACUGCGGCCAGCACGCAGCGUUAGACAAAAAGCACUUUUAUUUAACCAAAAAAAAACGGGGGGGUGGGGGGGAGUUAGGAAAGCACAACGCGCCUGCAAAAAACUAUUUUCUCUUGUAAUUCUGUUUUCUUAAAAAAAAAAAAAAAG